AUGGAGUCUUCCUUCUCCAAUCGUGGGGAUAGGGAAGAGGAUGCUCGCCCCGCCCUGCCCCAGAGGGCGUACCUGCAGAUUGCCCUGUAUGCUUCCGGCAAUGCCCUGGCAGCCCUCAUAGGGCUUCUUUUAUGGAACCUGUAUGCGGUGCUGGCCGACUACCGGGAUGCAGCAGUGUACGCUCUCCUCUGCUCGGUGGCCCUUAGGGGCCCAAAAACUUGGCUGGUGGAUUACCUUGGGCGCGAGCUGGCUCACAGGAGCAUACUUCAGUCCCUGUUCAACCUGGCGUGCCUCCCCCUGACCACAUUGGUGGAGGCAUGGAUGGAGGGCCGGGUCUUAAUGCUGAGGUGGCAGCAGCUGGCCGUGGAAAGACACCGCCAGCUGCGGCGCCUAAGCCUGGCCGCCGCGACAUCGGCCGGCGAGGCCCCCUCCAGCCCCCGCACCCCCACCCCGCGUACCUCCUCCUCCAGGCUCGGCUCGGUGACCACGCUGCGCACGCUGCCUACCCUCGCCCUGUUUGCCGAGGCCGGCGUGCGCGCGCUGCAGUCGCGGCGAACCUCCCGCCGCCGCGCGCGGCGGCAGGGCCGGCGCGCGCCGGCCGGCGGAGGCAGCGCCGCCAUGUUCCGCUGGCUCUUCCGGGCCUGCUUGCUGUGGGGCGCCUGCGACUGGGCGCGCCGCGCCUGGGGCGGCACCGUGCAGCUCGUCCUGCUGGCCGCCACCGCGGUGAUGGGUGUGGGCCUGCUCUUCGGCCUCCUCUUCGGCCUGAAGUGGUACCUGCGCCGCGCGGGAGCCUCGCCCGCCAAGGCGCCGCGCGACGCUGCGAGCGAGCCCCGCGCCGGGGCCGUCAAGCGCCCUCGCUUCGGCGGCGCCGCGUCGCUGCGCGCCCGGCGCCCGACGCCAGUGUACGCGCGGACGGAGGCCUCGGCGCGCCUGUCGCUGCGCCGCAACCUGCACCCCAUCGUGGCUGCGGGACUGGUCGCGGCGCUGCUGCUGGGCAGCUCUGGCCUGUCGGGCCUGCUGGCGGUGCGCGUGGCGCAGGAGGGGCGCAGCGUCGUGGCCUCCGCGCGCGACGCCUUCCCCAGCGCCUGGUCCGAGGUGGGCCUGCGCGGCGCGCGCCUCUUUUCCGAGGAUGGCGGCGAGGGCAGCGGGGGGGCGGAGGGCUCCGUGGCGGGGGCUUGGGCGGCCGGAGGCGCCGCUGCGAUAUCGCGGCGUAGCGGCGGUGGCACCACUCUCGCGGCAGAGAGCGCAGCGGCCUGCAAUGUCAGCGCUGGCGAAAGUUGCGCCGCCCCAGGCGUCAGCGCGUUGGGUGCCGGCGCGGGGCAGGAGGCGGCGUGUGGGUCGCCGGGGACUCCCGAGGUCAGCCUGAACGUAAGCAGCGCCCUGCCGCGUGGCGUGAUAGAGGACAAGGGGACAUCGAGCGCAUUGCGGGAGGGCCCCGCUCCAUGCACCGCCCAGAGUCGGCUCCCCGCCUGGGUGCAGAACCAGGGGCAGCAGGCCCUGGCGCUGGCGCAGCGGGCGCUGCCCAGCCUGGAGACCUGGCUGGAGGGCGCGGCGUCGCGCUUCCUCGCAGCCCAGAACCUGACCGCCAGCCUGACGGACGCCAAGCUGGCCUACGAAAUGGUGCAGGGCCCGCGCCAGUGCGGUCGGCGGGAACACACGGGCCUCCUGGUGACCCUGGCGGGGGCCGAGGUGGCCGCGGCCGACGCCACCGCCGCCGAGCAGGCCGCCGCGGAGAAGGUGGGUACUUUGGAGAGGGUCAUGGGCGGCCUGGGCGUGCUGCGCCUGGGCCUGGGCGUGGUCAAGGCUGCGCUGCAGGCCACGCUCUUCCUGGCCCUGCUGUACUACCUGCUGGCCGCGCCACAGGACCCCCUGGCCAAAGCGCUGGGGGCAGGGUACCCAUGGGAGCGGCGCGGGAGCGUGCUGCUGGCGUCCGCAAAGCUGAUGGCUUUCCAUGGGGUCUUCACCUGGCUCACCUUCCGGGUGUUUGGGGUGCCCCUCGCUUACACCGCCGCCGUCCUCUCCGCCGUGUGCGCGCUGCUGCCCUUCAUCCCCACCUACGCCGUGGCGCUGCCUGGCAGCGGGCUGCUGGCGGCCCAGGGGCACAUCCCCGGGGCGAUCGUGCUGCUGCUGGUGCAUUGGGGCGCCUACUACCUGGGCGACACGCUCAUCCUGGAGGACAUCCCAGGGGGGCACCCCUACCUCCUGUCCCUGGGCAUCCUGGGGGGAAUCUGGACCUUUGACAACCCCUUCCAGGGCUGCCUCUUUGGCCCCAUCCUGCUCUCCCUGCUGUCGGCCUUCUACAGGCUGCACGGGGAGUUCAUGGGCAUGGUCAGCGCCGACGGCGAGCGGGGCGGGCUGGGGUUGACCACCCCCCGCGCCGCCGUGCCCGCCCUCUUUGCAUCGCCAUUCGGGACGAAGGGAGGGGAGCGGGGCUCGGCACCGCACUCCCCGCCAGCCCCAGUCCUGCAGCCCACCCCGCCCACGCCGCGUCAAGACGCGCACAAGGGGCUGGAGCUGUCACCAGUAGACGGCUGCGAGGACAGGGUGCCUGCCAGAGCCCUUGCCCCAGCCGGCACAGCCUCUGCAGAGAAUGGGGACUCCGCAUCGGACACCUCCCCCUUGAAGGAGGAUUCGGUGCCAGAGAGCUUCAGCUUUGGGUAUCACCCCCAUGAAGAGUGA